AUGACUCCAACCACUGCUUCUAGUGCUACCGCCGUUCCAUCGGGAGUUAAUCCAUGGAAAUUGGUGUAUGAUGAAACUUUGCAACAAUACUACUAUUUAAACAUAUAUGAAAACACGAUAUCGUUUGAUACUCCCUGCGAAGUAAAUUACAAACCUAAAAGACACUUUAGUUUACCAGGUUUAAUCAAAAGAAAGUCGAGUUCUAGUCACUCAUACUGCUACUCAAAACCUUCAUUAUUCCGCCGCAUAUCCAAUACCUUGUCUAUCAAGUCAAACAAGUCUAAUGAGCAAGUAUCUAACAAAUCCAACGAUCAAAUAACGACAAGCACAAGUAACACAUUAACUGAUGGUAUAACGGGCAUAGAUGAAGAAUACUUCAUCAGCAAUGAUGCUGCUAAUUUCAAGAAUUUCGCUGGUACUUCUUCUAUAAUGAGUGAUUACUCUAUAGAUUCAGAAUUGGAAGAGCCAAUACUGGAUGAAGAACUGAAUGAGAUUCAUUCAUACUACGCUGAUAUUUACCAAGAAGAAGAAACAUUUGUUGAUUCCAUUGAUAGAGAACGUGAGUUACGGGAAUUAAGAUUACAAAUGUUGAAGGAGUUGUAUUAA